AUGGUCCUCAGAGCUUUUGUUACUCGACCCGUCUUGGGCCCUACUUCCACGCUAUGGACCUCCCAGGCCAUGGCUUUGCGAGCCAUUUCUUCCAAGGCUGUUACCAAGCGUGUGGCCGCUUCACCAUUGACCCGGCCCAUUGGCGACGAAAAGGUUCCGCUGGCGACCGACAAUUCUGGUGUUGAUACGCGUACUCGUGCCCAAAAGAAGGCCGACUUUACCAAUUACGAACGUCAUUUGGCUCGCCGUCGAGAACUAACUGAAGAAAUCUCAAAGUCUCAGUUUGCAGACAUUUAUAGCUUUCGUAAUACCUUUGGCAAAGCAUGGAUCGCCCCCAAGGCCUACUUCCGCAGCGACAAAGCCCUCUACAUGCCUAACUUUUGUGGCCGCACGUUAACCAAUCCUGACCAGAAGGGCACCACGGCUACCUUGGCUGGCAAGCUUAGCAUUGUGCGUAUCUUCACUGCUGUCACUGGUGAGCGUCAGGCUGACUCAUACUUCUACGUCCCUAGCGGCACACCGGAGACUCACGACUCCCUCCACGCCGCUGUAGUAUCAGUACCCGAAGAUGGCUUCCAGGUUGUCGACAUUAACAUUCCCGAAAACUUUGCAAAAGAGCUUAUUGUCAAACUCUUUAUUGGCAAAAUAAAAGGCCAGUUCCAAGACCCGGACCGUGCAAACAGAUACUUUAUUGCAAAUAGAAAGGGCGUCUCAAAGGAACUUAAGGCAGCUAUUCAUCUUGAAAAUAAAUACGCUGGAUACGUAUAUGUUGUUGAUAAGGACUGCAAAAUCCGCUGGGCUGCUUGUGGACAUGCCCUCGACGAGGAACGCGACUCCAUGUGGCGGGUCAUUGCCAGCCUGAAAAAAGAGCAGACCACUUCUUCUACCGUGUAA